AUGAGCAAUGGUUUAAGUCAAAAGCUGCGGUCAAUGUCUGUGAAACAGGUUUUCAUGUGUAGGCGGAAGCCUGCCAGUCGGCAAGGACCCAGAGCCACACCCUCGUGGGAUUUCCACGUCCUGGUCCCCCGCGGGAUGGGCCCUGCUCCAGGCCGCCAUCGCCUGGAGCAAGCAGGGGCGUCCCCACACCCCAGUGCCGGCCACUCGCGUUGCCAGGGUCCCAGGAAGGAGGGUGCCCGGACGGGUGCUGCUGGGAGCCUGGCAAAGCGGGCAACACGUGCAGGGGCCGGGGCUGGGGCCCGGACGUCUUGGGGGCCACACGCCCACCUGCCACGUCCUGCCGGGUGCCCUCACUGGACCUUCAGCGCUGUGACAUCCAGACUGUGUCCUGUUGACACAACCCACACGCAGGAGCGAGCCCUUCUCCAAGCCUGUCCUCGGCAGCUGUGCCCUGCGCAGCCAGCAGCUCCCCUGUGUCCACACUCGGCCACCAACCACGUCACCCUGGGCUCCCAGGGGAACCACUCGGUGAUGCCAUCGCCACCCACCGUGGCCGGGCCGCACUCGUGGACAGAGCCUCAUGCCGGACCCGGGAGCCCGGCAUCUUGGCUCCGAGUUCCUCUGACGUGCGUCCAGGCGGCUGCUUGGUGCCUGAUCUGCAGCGUUCGUUUCCUGUGUGCGGCGUCCCGUGGCGCCAACAGACCACAGCGCAUCCCCGCAGGCGUGCUCCGCCGCGGCUGCGAGGGAGCAGGCCACCGGGCACGUCUGUGCCUGUCUGUGGGGCCUGGACUCCGGAGGGACACAGUGCCGUGGAGCUUCAGAAAACUGAUGUCACAGUUUCCCGCAAGGACGGUGCCAGCCUGCACAUCCCCCAGUCGAGGAAUCUCACCUGGGCAAGGCUGCCGGAGCCACGAGCAGUGAGGGUGAAAGCACUUCCUCCGUCCCUGCCGAGCCACCUGCCCAGGACCGGCAACGCGCCUGGCGAGGCCACCUGGGCCUGAGGUUUCCUGUGUGGGCGUUUGUUUACUCUGAUUCCAGUGCUGUGACUUCUGUGGUUACACUGCCACACGGGCUUGCUACUUCCCCUGGCAGGUUUGUUAUUUU